AUGGAUGAUAAACCCGAAGUAAUUAAAGACAAUUCAAGGUCAGUUUCUGAAAAUCAGCCAGGGAACUACAACAAGAGUGUUGAAUCCGAGGGGUUAAAUGAAAAUGACGCGAACAUCUCUGGUGACAAAAUUGACAGCUGUGAGGAAAACACCGACAAAAACUGCGCCAAUAGUCCCAUCGGCAAUGGAUACACGUACGAUAAUAACCACAGUGGCAGCAUCAACCUGAGCUACGUCAGUGAUUCCAACGACAGUGCAACUUAUUUCACAAAGAUUCCCGAGGAAAAUGUGAACAACAGCAACCAUUACAGUGUCAUCUCCAAUCCUGUCUCCAACAAUGACGUGAACACUGAAAGUGGUGAUGUCAGCACCAACAACGCUGACGUUCACAGCAAAGCCCCUGAUGGCGGGUGGGGCUGGCUGGUGGUUUUGGCCUCCUUCUUGUUACACGUUAUCGUGGACGGGGUGUCUUUUUCCAUGGGUAUAUUUUAUGUGGUCUUUUUGGAUACCUUUCAAGAGACAAAAUCCAACACAUCAUGGAUUGGUUCAAUUUUGACGGCGGCAAUGCACCUAAUAGCAUUACCGGCCGGGAUGAUGUGCGAGAAGUUUGGCUAUAGAGUGGUCAGUAUUUCCGGCAGCGUAAUAGCAACAGUGGGGUUCGUCUUGAGCGCGUUUGCGCCCUCUAUUUAUGUGUUAUAUGUCACCCUCGGAGCUGUAGUAGGAAUAGGUUUUGGCCUAAUGUUCUUCCCCAGUGUAGUAUGCGUGCAGCUCUACUUUGAUAAGAAGCGUUCCCUUGCUAUGGGUAUCUCAGUGUGUGGGACGGGCGUCGGGACUUUUGCCUUGGCGCCGUUUGUGCGCUGGCUGACAGACAUAAUUGGCUGGAAGUAUACGAUGGGGGUUUUAGCAGGGAUCACUCUUACGGGCUCUUCUUUAGGAAUGCUUUACAAACCACUGCGAAAGCGUGAAGCUGACGAGAAGGCGGACGUCAUGGAAAUUCUUGAAGGAAAAGAGACGGAGCUCGAAGAUAACGAAUUGUCAUUUGGUACAAAAAUGGUUCAUCUAAACGAAACAAAUCAAGAGAGUAAAGUGGGGAAUUUAACAACGUCGUUCACAAAAAAGACUGAAGAUAAUUCUUUAAAAAGCACAAACAUAUUUACAGGGUUAAAGCAAGAGGUUCCAGAACAAUCGAUAUCUAUUGAGAAUGAGCGCAUGGAGCAUAAACAAAUGGCAAAAAUACACGCUGAAGAAAACACAGCGUCGUCUAUCGACCAUACUCUAUCAUCUGCCUUAAAAGAAAAUAGCUCAGCAUGCUGUGCCAAAUGCUCCAUAGAUGGCGCCGUCGGUGCCAUACAUUGGUCGUUGCUACGAGACCCUGCAUUCGUGGUUUGGCUUUCGUGUUACUUCAUUUGUCAACUAGGAAUCAUAGUCCCCUUUACAUUUAUACCAGACAGUGCCAUAUCACGUAAUAUCGGUGCCCCUGAAGCUGCAUUCCUAAUAUCCAUCAUAGGGAUCGUCAAUACCGUCACGCGUCUCGUCACCGGGAUUGUUGCUGACCGGAAGUUUAUUCGCCAUCAUCGUUUGCAGUUACUGGCUUUUUCCGUUUUCAUUGGGGGAGUAGCGCUAAUUAUGAAUCCAUUUUGUAAUACGUAUGCAACAUUGGCAGUGGACGUAGUGUUCACUGGGAUAUCUCUGGGUUCAUUUAUAUUACUGAUGCCAGUGGUUUUACGUGAUUUGUUUGGACUGGAGAAAAUGAACUCGAGCAUCGGAUUUACAUUGGUGAUAGUGGGAAUUUCGACGAUGCUAGUACCAUUUUUAGGCUGGUUGACUGAUGUCACAGGAUCAUAUGAUAUCACUUUUUACGUCACUGGAGGGGCCCUCGUCAUAUGUAGUUUUGUGCAGGCGAUGUUACGUCGUUUCCAAAAGAAAACUUAUCACCCAGAAUGCACCGUUCCGGAAACGACAGAAGAUACGAGACUUUGAUGCAGUAAUAAGGCUACAUCAACUGUGCGGCUAUUAUGAAAGUCCAAGGUCAUAGUGUUACUGACAAAUUGUUUAUAGAUCCACGUUUACAAUAUUCAGCAAAACACAAUUGUUGCCCUUGUUGAGGGUAUGCCUUGCCGCCUACAGGAAAUAAUUGCAGUACUAGCUACGUACUGUAUAUGUAGAAACAUAUAUUAGACACAUGGCUUUUAACGAGCAUACCCUAAUCCCAAUUGUAUGUAACUUUGGUGACAUUCGAUGUUGUCUUUUCAAUUUAAUGGACAUGUUUAACCUCUUUGCAUAUAAUAGUGAAUCAUCGGAUUUAAAUGGGUACUUGUUUUAAAUUUGAAUAUGAAU